AUGUCGCGCGCGACGCGGGCGCGGGCGCCGUGCGCGUGCCCACGACGGGCGCGAGCGACGCGCGGGGGCGCCGUGCGCCGGGACGCGACGGGCGAGACAUCGCGCGCGCCGUCGACGCUCGCGCCGUCGACGCUCGCGCCGACGACGACGACGACGACGGCGACGACGACGACGCCGUCCGCGGCGUCGCGGUCGGGUGGGACGAGCGGCGUCGCGGCCGCGGUCGUGGGCGCGAUGAUCCUGUGCGCGGCGGAGCGCUGGCGGCGACGGGCGGCGGCGGCGACAGCGGACGGCGUCGACCCGGAUGUUGGCGUCUUGCGUCGCGCGCGUGAGGUCGAGGCGCUGGCGUUGGAGAUGUUGCGAGAGUAUCCGAGCGAACGCGCGGCGCGUGGGCAUCGGGACGCGGUGCGGGAGCGGCGGGCGAUCGAGGCGCGGAUGGCGGCGCGGGUCGAGGCGAGAGCGAAGGCGAAGGCGUGGCGGGAACGCGUGCGGGUCAAGGGGUCGGAAGAUGCGCUCGCGCCGGGGAGCGGUGCGGAGGAGUUUGAGGCGAAGACGGCUCGAUUGGACGCCGAGCUCGCGGCGAGACGUCGAGCUCGAGAGGCGAGGGAAAAGAAACCUCCGAUGACGGGCGCGAGCGACGUGUGGGUGCGAGCGGAUGAGUAUUUGAAUAGCGUGUUACAAAAAGACGCGUCCACGGCGCAUCCGGUGGAGUCGGAGACGAUCGUGGACGUGGCCCCGACGGAGGCGUCGGAGGACUACCCGCCAGAGCUCGUGGAGGCGAUGAAGAGUAUGGAGGAGGACAUGGCGAGUGGGAAAUUCACCGAAGAGGAGCUUCUCGAAAAGUACGAGCACGUGUUGGAUGAAUUCGGCAAGGAGUUCGAACCCGAAUCGGAGGCGAUCGACGACGAAGAUGCCGCCGAGCACCCGCAGUUGCUGAACCCGUAUUGGUGGCGAAACCUCCGAGCGCUGCACAUGAUCAUGAUAACUCCCAUCGGCGCGGCGCACGGGGAGACGCGCCUGUUCGCGAUGCAAAUGGUGCCGGAUAGCAUACCCGAGCGCGCGCGACCGAACGAUAGGUUUCACGUUCUCGCGUUUGAGAGCAAGAAGGAUGCGGAAAAAUUUUGCUUCUUCAUGCAGUCCAAGCGCGAGGACGAAAUUUUAGACGACAGUUUGAGAGGUUUGACGUCCAUGACUGGAGUCGGACCGAAGGAGUUGCAGAAAAUAGCGGACGACGCGAACUACGGCGUCUCCGUCAUCGGCGCGGGACGGAUCGACCUGUCGCCCAAUCGCGAUUACGUCGACGUUUUGAACGACGUUACCCACAUCGGCGGCGAAGCGUACUUGUGGGAGUUUGCGAAAAAAGUUAAGAGAGACUUCGACUCCGCGAACGGAGAGAGCUCAUUGUAG